AGUUUCUGUCUGUCAGUCAGCGGAAGGAGGAGCGGACGCACAAAAAAUGCAGCUUUCACAACACCCUCGGCCUUGUAUCCGACCAAAUUGGGUUUCCCCUACGAUAAGGAACUGAGGAAUGAUUAUUUUAUUUCGUCUACACAUUUCCGUCUUGUCUUUGGAUGAGGAAAGCGCGAGGAAAAGCGCAUUCUGGGCAGUAACCAUGAAGCCUUUGUGAUAGGAUGAGAAGCCCAGUACCUCGGUUCAGGGACGUCGAGAAGCAGGCGAGCAGCUUGCAACCUGUGCAGUGUGUUCCUCCCUGUCAUGACAGACAGAGCACCAUGUGGUUUGUUCGGGACGCCUGUGGAAUUGUCUGUGGUGUUAUCACAUGGCUGCUUGUUUUCUUUGCGGACUUUGUCGUGCUGUUUGUCAUGCUGAUUCCAUCCAAGAACCUCACCUAUAGCUUGAUGAACGGUGCAGUCUUUAACAGCCUCGCCUUUCUGGCUUUGGCAUCCCAUUUCAGGGCCAUGUGCACAGAUCCGGGUGCUGUACCCAAAGGAAAUGCCACAAAAGAAUACAUAGAAAGCUUGCAGCUGAAGCCAGGUCAGGUGGUGUACAAAUGUCCUAAAUGCUGCAGCAUCAAGCCUGACCGAGCUCACCACUGCAGUGUCUGCAAAAGAUGUAUUCGAAAGAUGGACCACCACUGCCCAUGGGUUAACAACUGUGUUGGUGAAAAUAACCAGAAGUACUUUGUGCUCUUCACGAUGUACAUUGCACUCAUCUCUUUGCAUGCCUUGGUCAUGGUGGUUCUCCAUUUUUUGUACUGCUUUGAAGAUGAUUGGACAAAAUGCAGUACCUUCUCACCUCCAGCAACAGUCAUCCUCCUCAUCCUCCUGUGCUUUGAGGGUCUCCUCUUUCUCAUCUUCACCUCUGUGAUGUUUGGCACCCAAGUCCAUUCCAUCUGUACGGAUGAGACGGGUAUAGAGCAGUUGAAAAAGGAAGAGAGAAGAUGGGCUAAAAAAACUAAAUGGAUGAACAUGAAGGCGGUAUUUGGACACCCCUUCUCAAUAGCAUGGUUUAGUCCGUUUUCUACACCUGACCACGGGAAAGCUGACCCCUACCAGUACGUGGUCUGAGUUCAGGAAGAAUAGCCCCCUUCCCUUUCCAGCUUUACGGUAGAGACUGGAGUUCGCUGGACCCAUUUUUACUCCAAAAACGCUCGCCAACAUCCGUGAUUGUAAUCCUGACUUGAGCAAUGUGUCUUGCAUUACAUUUACCGGUGGGACUAUUUUAUUGCUGUAAUGAAAUCUAUAUGUAAAACAUUUAUCCCAUAUCUUAUAUCUUUGCAUCCAUUCUAUUUUCUGCAAAGGUAAGCUUCAGGACCGUAGCUCAUUUUACACCAGACGGAGUAACCGCUUAGGCACUGUUGCAGUCCUGCUUGCGUGGGGUUAAUCAGUGUAGCCUUUGGCUGCACAAUGUAUCUCUUACGAAUAAGUUGGCACUUUGAGCCACUUCCUUUAGGGGUACACUGGGAGCCAACUUGCUUCUUCUUUCCACUUUUUGGUAAAUGAAAACUACACAUGGUUAGAUCCAACCUAUCGCUGAAAUCUCCUCAGUGUUCUCUAGGCUGGAUGUUUUUAAUCACGUGUGGAUUCGGUGGAACUGAUCAGUAUCUGACUUGGUUGGUAUAGCUUAAUGAUUUAAAGCCACAACGUGAAAAUGUUUGACUCUUCUUUAUGCGUAACCUAAGCCGUAAUGGUGCAAGGGUCUGACCCCAUUGCUGCUUAAGAUGAUAUAUGUCAUUUAGUGUAGUCAAGAAGGUGUGAUGAUAAACACAAAGCAACAUAAUACUGUUUAGUUAAGCAGAAGGUAUAGCAUGAUUUUAUUGAAGCUACAGAAAGACAAAAACAAUUGUGAAAUGAAAUGAGCUUGAAAUCACAUCACUAAUCAAGGAGUGCUCGUGUCUUGCCAUGCGUGUUGCAUCGCUUCUGGUGUAAAAUGGGCUUUAAAAAUGACUCAAUAACCUUAUGUACAUGUAUAUUCCUAUUCACGUGUCUAUAUAAAGUAUGAGAUUGGGAACAAGGGAAAGGAUUAAUUCUGUGCCAUUCUGUAACAUUUUUAUUUCUGUAAAACUCCAGCCAAACAUCUUUUUAGGUCCUGAUUAUUGAUGAAUCUGUCUUUUUUUUUUUUAAAUUAACAUUGUUUAUUGUUUUCUUUUUCCAUGGAUAGCCCAAAUACAGGCUUUUGUUAGCCUUCCUGUCCUUUUCAUUCCCUGUCAGGAAGUAAGAGUGUAAAAUGUAGUUAGGAAAAAUGAAUGGCAUGUCAUGCUAAGUAUUGUUGCUACUGAACAGUGAGUGAAGAUAUCAUUACAUGAAGAAAAUAAUGUAUCAAAAAUGUCUUAUAAAUCAAGCAACUGUCCUUUGCAGUGUUGCAGGAGCAUAUAAAAUAAAACACACAGGUUUCCUGAAUAGAUCAGUGCAAGACAAUUUUAAUUGUUAAAUCUAUGAAUAAUAUUAUGUCAUAGCACUACGAAUGCUGAGGGAAACCUGCUCAUUGUGACUCAUUUGAAAUGAUUUACUUUAAAUCUGUAAAUAAAGUCUAUACGUUGUUGUUUUUUUUUAACCAUUUAUAACAAUUAUGAUACAUGUGUGGGUUUUAUAAAUCUGUUAGAUAUUUGAUAACUAAUGAGGAAAAGUAAUCCAUUUCUUUUAAUUGUCAUUAAUACUCACAAAAAGCCUUCAGAGUAAAGGUGUAUUAGAUAUAUUUAUGUUUAACGUUUAUUUAAAAUAAUUUCAUUUGAAUUAGUUUUGAAGGUGCGGUUUGUCGUUUUUAUAAGUUUUUCUAGACCUUUCUCAUGCCAGAGUCAUGUUUCAGCCUUUUAUUUGUAUUUUUCUCCAUCCAAAUGAAACAAUAGUGCUUCUCAAUGCCAAUUUGGAGUUAACAGAUUGGGGUUGGGUUUGCUUUAGGGGGAGAGGAAAUCUUAUUAAUGUUCUUGGACGUACAGUUAGUCUCACAGGCAGCAGAGGGCUCUAAAAAGUACAAUCUGCUCCUCACAGGGGACAUACUAACCUUUGCAAAACCUACAAACCCAUAAUUUUUUUUCUUUUUCAGGUGCUGGUGUUUCAAUGGAAUAGUUCCUUGGUCAGUUUUAUGAUUCUGUACACAGUGGCUAUGUUUUAUUUUUACAGAACUGUAAUGAGAAGGUUUUCCAGUUGGUGCUUUUUUUCUUAUGAAUGAGCUAAGAUUUACAAAACAAUUAAGUAAGCAUUACAGGGUAUACGAAUGGCAAUCAAUGGGAAUUUAUGGAGAGUUUUCAAGAUUAAAGUGAAAAAGAAAUC